GAACUACAAAAGGGGGCGUAACGAAUUUUUGCAAAGUAAUAACAGAACAACGUGGGUUGUGUUUAAAGCCGAGUUUAAUUUGAAAAAUAUGGAAAAUAAUUCUUUAUUGGCCAAAUUUUAACGUAAUUAAACUUCAGUAAUCUUUUCAACUCUUUAAAACUGUAAAUUUGAAAUGGAUGGCAGAUUUCAAAUCGAAGAAGGUCAGUUUGACGACGCCGAGGAAGAUGGACCAACAGUUAUUCCGAGACCCCUUCCUGCGAAUGCUAUAGCAGCCAAGCUGAAACAAAUCAAACUGUCUGACUCGAGCACCACCGAGGAAGAGGAAGACUGGUACAAUGAGGAGGCAGACAGCGACGAUGAAUGGCGUCAUCAGGAGGAUGAGCGACCCAGAAAUCAUGGGCCGAACGCCCAGACCAGUUCUUUUAAAGUGUCUAAUUAUCAGCCGAGCGACAAACUGUUCAAAAAGUUCACCAACAAAAUCAACGUGGAGCGGUACGAAGGUCCCAGCAACCUGAGCGGCUCUGCUGCUAACAAGCUGAUUGACAGCAAUAAAAAGUCUGCUGCAGAUAAACAUAGGAACAAGGACAAAAAGGACAGAGCCACUGCCGAGCAGGUGAUGGACCCGAGAACAAGGAUGGUCCUGUUCAAACUGCUCAACAGAGGAGCCAUCACAGAGGUCAACGGCUGCAUUUCGACUGGAAAAGAGGCCAAUGUGUACCAUGCUCUUGGACGGUCUGGCUCAGAUUUGGCCAUCAAAGUUUACAAAACGUCUAUUUUAGUCUUCAAAGAUCGAGACAAGUAUGUGAGUGGAGAAUUCCGUUUCCGACAUGGCUACUGCCGAAGCAACCCCCGCAAGAUGGUUCGUACCUGGGCUGAAAAGGAAAUGCGAAACCUGGUGAGGCUGGAGGUGGGCGGCGUCAGGGCCCCUCGACCUUUGUUACUCCGCAGUCACGUCCUGCUGAUGGAGUUUCUGGGCACGGACGGUUGGCCGGCUCCAAAACUCAAGGACGUCGAAAUGAGCAGUAGCAAAUCCUGCGAGCUGUACAGAGAGUGUGUUGAGUUGAUGUGGCAGCUCUACCAUGAUUGCAAACUUGUGCACGCCGACCUGAGUGAGUUUAACAUGCUCUACCACGAAGGUCACGCGUAUGUCAUCGACGUGUCCCAGUCUGUGGAACACGACCACCCGCACGCCCUUGAUUUUCUUCGAAAGGACUGCACAAAUAUAACCGAGUUCUUCAAGAAGAGAGAAGUGGCAACCCUGAACAUCAGGACCCUGUUUGACUUCAUUGUCGAUCCCAACAUUACCAAGGACAAAGUUCAAGAACGACUCGAUGAGCUCUCGCAGAAAUCCGCCUCUGAAAUUUACGAUGAGGUUGAUGACGAAGUCUUCAAGAAGGCUUACAUUCCCAGAACCCUGACGGAGGUUAUUGAUUUUGAAAAAGACCUUGCCAAGGAUGACUCAGAAGUUUUGUAUAGAACGGUGGCUGGAAUCAAGGUGGAUAAAGAGGGCAGUGCUGAAGAGUCUGGUUCCGAGGGUGGAGAAGAGGCAGAUUCGUCUGCUUCCGAAAGUGAUAGCGAAGCAAGCAAAUUUGUGAAUUGUGCUAGGCCGAGAGAAGAGUCGCCCAAUUCUAAGAAGGAGAGGAAAAAGGCCAUCAAAGAUCAACAGGCGGAAAAACGCAAAGCCAAAAUUAAAAAGCAUGUUAAAAAGCGAAAGGAGAAGUUGGGCAGUAAGAAGAAAUAAAAAUUGAUAUUUAUAAUCUAUAAAAUUGGUUUGUUU